CACACACUUUCUUCUCAACCUUCUUACCAAAACCUCUGAAAGGUUAUAAAAACAUCAAAAAAAAAAAUAUGAGACCCGUAAGCCACCUGGGCACCACCAUGAGCUCAUCAAAGGCAGCAGCCACUCCACCAGCAAUAGCCCAACCUCGCUCACCAUGGCACUCUCCUGUGCCUUACCUCUUUGGAGGUCUAGCAGCUAUGCUGGGCUUGAUUGCUUUUGCUUUAUUAAUCUUGGCUUGCUCUUAUUGGAGAUUGUCUAGUCGUUUAGACAGUGAAAAUGAAGGUAACGAUCAAAGAGAUCUUGAAAGUGGAAAUGAAAAGGAAGGAAGUAACCCUGGGAAGGCAGAGAAAAGGGUUUAUGAAGAGAAGUUCUUGGUUAUUAUGGCUGGGAAUCAGAAGCCAACAUUUUUAGCCACUCCUGUUUGUAGUAAAGUUUCUUCCUCUGGAGCCCAGAUUGAUAACCAAGAAGAAGAGAAGACAGAGAGCACCGGUGAUCAUUACAAGCUGAAAAAUGAAGAAAUGAUAGGGGACAGCCAUGAUCAAGCAAGAACAACAGCUGAAGAAAACAUAGAGACACAAGAGAAUCAACAAGAAGAACAAAAUUAAGCUGCAAUGAGCAGGAAAUAAAUCAAUUUUGGAGAUGAAAGGAGAGUGUUUAAUUUUUUUCUUUUUUUCUGGUACUUUUCCUGGUUUUUUGGUGUUUUGGGUGCUGUUCUUGUAGUACUUCGGGAGGUGUAAAAAAUUUGCAGAGAUGAGGCAAUUCUUGAAGUAGAAGAAAAGGUUUUCUUCUUUACAGCAAAUUACAGCCAAAUUUUGCUUAGUAAUUAAUCAUAUUUUUCUUCAUAA